UUUCCUCAAUCGUUGCCUUGAGCUCAUUUUAUAAAAGACAGGUGACUCAAGUGUCUUCCUUUUACUUUACCUUGUGAGAGCCGUUUUUGAUUUGCCCACCAAAUCUCAGGUGUGUUUGUGGUCGGUGUUGUUGUUGUUGUUUUAAAUUUUGAUUCACAUAAAGACCGAGAUUAUUAUGCAUUGGGAUCUUUGCAAUUCCCACCUUACAGGCUCGGGCAGGGAAGGAGUGAGAAAGAGUGACUAAUGGGAGGGAAGGAGGAGGAGGCAACAGUGACUGUAGACGGAAACAGGAUAAAGAAAAAUUGUCUCACAGUGGAGUAAGAAGCUAAAAAGCUUGGCCAGGACUGUUCUCCGAUUCUAGAAAAGAAAACUGGACACCACCCUCCGUUAUUUGUAUCAUGGCCUUUUUACAUCUCUGAGUGACCCAAAAUGCUGAGAGAUCAUCGAAGACGGCCCCAUUUGCCUCCCCAAAGUUAACCCCUACCACCACAAUUGGCCAUCCCAGAGGGAAGGAAAGGUUAGGGAGUCCCUGUAAAUAUGCCUGGAUGGAGGACUCAAUGGCAUCUUUUCCUGCUGAAUUCCCUCACCUGUGCCCUGGAGAUCUGUGUGGCAGCUGGGAUCACGUAUGUACCCCCGUUGCUGCUGGAGGCUGGUGUGGAGGAGCGGUACAUGACUAUGGUUCUAGGUAUUGGUCCGGUACUGGGGCUCUUGUUUAUCCCUCUGAUUGGCUCGGCCAGUGAUAACUGCAAUAGCAGCUAUGGAAGAAGGCGCCCUUUCAUCUGGCUGCUAUCUCUGGGAGUCCUCCUGGCACUUUUUAUCAUCCCCUACGCCGACAUCCUUGCUGCACACUUUGCCUGGGGAGGACGCACUUUCCAGGUGGCUUUCCUUAUCCUUGGAGUGGGCCUGCUUGACUUUUGUGGACAAGUUUGCUUCACGCCGUUGGAGGCGCUGUUAUCAGACCUGUAUCGAGAUGGGAAGGACUGUAACCAAGCCUUUGCAAUGUUCUCCUUCAUGGUCAGCUUGGGAGGAUGUGUAGGCUACUUGCUUCCCGCAUUUGACUGGAGCCACAGUCUCCUAUCAGUUUAUCUCGGAGGGCAGGACCAAUGCCUCUUUUUCCUCCUCAUCCUGAUUUUUAUUCCCAGUGUCCUCAUCACUAUGAAGGUUUCCAAAGAACCCUCCAGUGCCAUUGUCGGCUCGGUCGGGGCAGUGUCUCUGCUGGAGUCGGGAGCUGGUGCAAUGGAAGCCACCCAGUGCGGUGUGCCUCGAUCGUGCUGCUACCUGCUGAAGUGCAAAUUUAGGCUGCUGAAAUCCGGACCUUUGCUAUGCGUGCUGAAAACCUGCUGGUCCAUGACCCCUGCCAUUUACAGAAGCUAUUGCCAUGUUCCUAGGGUGAUGUGGCAGCUCUGUGUGGCUCAGCUUUGCAGCUGGAUGGCUGUCAUGUCCUUUAUGCUCUUCUUCACGGUCUUUGUAGCAGAAGGCCUGUAUGGUGGUGACCCCAGUGCAGUACAAGGAAGUGUGGCCAGACACAGAUAUGAUGAAGGCAUCCGUAUGGGAAGUCUGGGUUUGUUCCUGCAGUGUGCUACCUCAACCUUCUUCUCAAUGGUCAUGAGUCGAAUGGUUCAAUGUUUCGGCUCACGCUUGGUGUACCUGUCCAGUAUGGUGAGCUUCACAGCAUUCACUUUGGUCAUCUGCCUUUCAAAAAGUGUGCUCCUCGUAACUAUCAUGGCUGCCCUCACCGGCUACGCCUAUGCUGCGCUGCAGACGUUACCCUACACGCUCACAUGCCAUUACCACAAAGAGAAGAAGGUUUAUAUGCCAAAAAGGAAAACCAAAAUCACACGUAAAAAUGAUUUUACAUCCAAGAGAGACUAUUUGACUUCAUCGGAAGAGGUAGGCUUACUAAACGACAAGGCGGACCCUUCCUCGGGAAAUGUCUUCUUCAGCCAGGAUGCUUACUACCAGAAUGGCUCCACUCACAAUUCCACAGAGUCGGAGGAGCCUCAGUCGGGAUAUGAAGACCGUGGCGUGGGCUUGGACUUUGCCAUUUUAGACAGUACCUUCCUUCUCUCUCAGGUCAUCCCCACACUCCUCAUGGGGACCAUCGUGCAAUUGGCACAGUCGGUCACUGCAUAUAUCGCCUGCUCUGUAAUCUUGGGCAUUGUGGCCAUCUAUUUGGCGAAUCAUAUCGUCUUUGACCGAAAGGACCUUAAAGGAUGUGACUUAGAUGGCCAUCCAACAAUAAGGAUUGUGGAAUAAUUGCGGGGGAGGGGUGGGGUUUCAACAAUGCACUAUUACUUAGUAUCUCUUGAGGCCUUGCUCUAUUUUUGUGCAUUUGCACCUUAGCAAAAGUAUGGAGAGAGUGAAUAUGCGAUCAGGGACAAAGCCAUUUGAAAUGGGAGUGCUGGCAGUGAAUGAUCACCUUUCAGUGCUGUUGACUGUGAUGUCCGAUCCAUUUUAACUGGGAAGGUUAGCAGUGAAUGCUCAUGUUUUAGUGCCAUUGGUGGUGAGAUACUUCAAUACCAUUUCUACUUGAAAACGAAUUAGCUAGUCUAUUGCCCAUCAUUUUUUACCAAAUCCAAAUUUUAUAACCGUAUUCUUUAUAUUUCUGCUGCCCAGCUAGUAACCAAUGCAUAUCCUGGACUGUAUUUCUUUUUUAUUUGUAUCUUAGGUUUAGUUUGUUAUAUGAGAAAGAUAAGCCUUUCCAGGACACAAAUUGGCACCACAGAGCACACACCACCUGACAAAUUUGUACAUGUACGGCAGCUUUUAGAAGUUUUCCAGUGGAUAAAAUCAUAUCCCUACAGGAUCUAUUCAUCUGUAGUAAUUCAAGGGACAGUUUAUUGCAAAUAUGGAUGCUCCAAUUAUAAUCAGGACAAACAUCUCAGGUUAACAAAUUGCCUUUUGACAAUCUCGGACUCCGCAUGGGUGUUAUACAAAGUAGGCCUGACUUUCAUAUCAUUUUUUCCAACCAUUCUCAAAAUACCAAAUCAUUCGUUAUGCAAAGGGAACCAUUUGGUUAAGAUGGCAGGCACUGUGGAAGGCCAGCUUGAGUUGUGUGUGUGUGUGUGUGAGAGAGUGUAUAUGUGGUUUUCUGUCUGGUGUCAUUACUAGGCUGUUUUUUCUUCUUUUCUUCAGCAGAGCAUUGUGGAUUCAGCGUUCUGAUUUAAAGCUUGAGAUCAUUAAGAAUUUUUAUUUUUGGGACAGACAUGAUUCGUUUUGGCCUAUGAAUGCAAAAAAAAGUGUUCUUGCAGUAGCACAAUUAUAUUAAAAAAAGUGCCUGUAUGUUUAUCUGCUUUUUGUAUAUUUGUGGUAUUUAUUUAUAAUGCUUUUAUUGGGAAAAAGUUUUUAAGAUAUUGGCUUUUCAGCAAGUACGAGGGCUAUUUCCGUGAAGAGAUAAAUUAUUUGUAUAGUGACGUGCAAGCCUCCUCAGAGCUCUAACUUAUUUGAACAUGACAGCAUUGUUCUUUAGCGUUUUCUAUUUGCUUUCACGCUUCAUUUGCGGUUACGUCUUGCUAUAUGUAAUUUCAUCAGCACUGCUUAUACCACUGAAAUUGUCGAAAAUGUUUUCAAAAAAGUAUUUUUUUAUUUUCAAUUUUAUAGGCAGCAGACCUUAAGUCCCCCUUUGGAACUAAUUCUCAUGUUGAAUUUCUGAAGCCAGUGCCAAUUUUAGACUAGAAAUGUAUGAUACACGUUUUUAUAGCUAUGUACCAUCUGAUGUCUCUGUAAGGAAAGCGGUCCGCAAACAACUUUUCAUAGAAAAUAAAACAUAAAAUGGCUGACAA